AUGCAUACCAUCGCCGUCAACACACUUACCCUGGGCAUCUUCCUCCUCUCAGCCUCCACCAAUGCACAGAGCACAGUGACAGGCGUCUCACAAAUUUCCGAUGGACAGAUCCAAGCACCAACUGGAACAGCAACAGUAUCAACGACAGUGGCGGUCGCCAACCCCAGCGUCACGACAAGCACGGCGGCAUAUGAAAACCCAUUCACCAUCUACACCACACAGACCAACUCGCUGGGCGUGAUCACCGGCAUGCCGUCGGUUGUGACCAGCCAGCCAGAGGCCGUUACUUCUCAGCCUCCAUCCGCAACCCAGCCAACUCUGUCCGGAUACUGGUACGGCAAUAGCACGACCUCGGCAAGUAGCCUGACAGAAGCUCAGCCGACGACCCUCGCCACCAGCACAGCCACCGCAAGUGAAAGCGAAAGCUCAGGUGCCUCUGGCUCAACGUCUGCCUCUGCCACCUUCGCUCAAGCCACGGGCGCCGCGGGUUCGAAUACAGUCACUGGCGCUGGAAUGGGCCUGAUCAUCCUCGCAUUGGGCUUCUCCAUGCUAUGA